GAGGGAAAGACAAGCGUCAUUUAGGAACAGAGGUAGAGGGAAAGAAAGAGCUCCAGGAUCCGAAACUGACCAUAUCAUUCAGGAUUUUCGUGUCUUUCCUUUUCCCCCAGAGGAGGUUUAUUUCAUUGACGGACAUGCUGUUACGGGCUCUUUUCCCAGAAGUUGACCAGAAGAAGCUGAGGCUCUGAGGUUUCUCCCGCCUCCCCAACCAAGCGGCGUGGUUUCCCUGGUAAUGGAUUGCUUCUCCCUGAGAAACGGACGGCAUUUCAGCCAGAUGCCUUUGGUGGAGUCUCCGGUUUUGUGCAGAAAUGUUCAGAUUCAAAAUAUUUACAGACGUGCAUCGCAGAAAGUCUUGUACCGAGGAACAUGGGAACAAAAUGAACUUGUAAAACUUUCCUGAAAACCUAGCUUCCCCCUUCCCCCCCAACAUGUCACGGUACACAUAAUAUCAACAAUCCUUGUUCAGUUGAAUGGAAAAUUUGAAAAAUACCCUAAUAGUUGAUCCUAUUUUUAAUGUAUAAAAGUGUCCCAUGAUAGCCUCCAAAAUUUCUGAUUUUCUUUCUUAAUUUUCCUUUUUCCAUUCCUGUCACAUGGGUUGGAGGAUACGGCCACAUGUGACAUCCACACAUCUUCGCCUCAUUGUCACUGAAUUUUUACUGAGCCGCCUCCUCACCCAAGUCCCAGGACACGUGGUGCCCUGGGCUUAGUAGUCACACAAUAAAGACUGGCCGGCUGGCUGGCUGAGGUAGAAGAACCUCAUUGUCUCCACCCUGGCGAGAGCCCCCUGGUCUAGUCUGUGAACUCAGCUAGGAGACACACCGCUGUAAAGAUGACGGAGGAGCCCGUCAAGGAGAUCCUGAGGACCCCAACGUCUCCCACGCCAGGGACGACGGAGAAGAGCCCCAAGAGAGAAGUCGUGGUCACCACGGUCCCCGUGGUCAGUGAGAUCCAGCUGAUGGCCGCCACCGGGGGCGCUGAGCUCUCCUGCUACCGCUGCAUCAUCCCCUUCGCCGUGGUGAUCCUCAUCACCGGGAUCGUGGUCACUGCCGUGGCUUACAGCUUCAAUUCCCACGGCUCCAUCAUCUCCAUCUUGGGCCUGAUCCUGCUCUCCUCGGGACUUUUUUUGUUGGCCUCCAGCGCCUUGUGCUGGAAGCUGAGGCAGAGGAACAAGAAAGGCAAGAGACGGGAGAGUCAGACAGCUCUCAUGGCAAAUCGGAGAAGCUUGUUUGCUUAGGACUGAAGGAGACCAAGGGAGGCCUGAGGCCUGCACAGCCUGCCUUUCUGCGUCAGCCACUUCACCCGCCCGCCUGUGGGAGAGGUCGGACUGGGCACGAAGCGGACUAGGGGGAUGGGGGUGGAUGGAGGGGGUGGGGGGGCAGGUCUUCAUGUGCAAGAAAUGACUUGUAUCUUCUUUAACGACAAACUUAACUCUAAGGGCUAUUUCUCAGAUUGCAAAAUCAGCUUUUUCUCCACAUUAGACCUUGUCGGGGUCAUGGGAGGUGUGCAGCUAUAGACAACAUUUGGUUCACCUUGGAAAGGAGCCAAGAAAACACUUGGAUGGUUCUGGUACACCAGUGACCCGCCUCCACAUGAAAUAACCCGCAGGCGUAAGAAGCUGUAUCAUAAAAAUGUUCCGCCGAGAGACUCCAUGGCCUGGGACUUGGCAAACUUCUAUGAAAUUCUACGAUAACUUCUUUUUUUCAAUCAGUUGAUUGUCUGGCACCUGUUUUAUUUUUUACUUUCAGUAACUCAUGACUGACUGGUGGUACUUUCUCUUGAAGAAUAAACUAAUAUUUUUUAUGUUUUAACAUUGGACAAUUUUAGAUGAUUGUAAUGAUGUAUCAAAAGUCAAAAAGAGGUGAAGGGUAUAACUACUAGAUGACAUAGGAGAGGGGAUUAAAUUAAUAUUAAAAUAAUCCAAUAUAGCACUUUUGAUGAUUUUUAUAUAAAAGUUUAAUGUACAUUUCAUUCGAAAUAAUAAAUACUCAUUGCUGCUGACACUUCUUAAA